AUGGUGUUCAAGUUCCGAACCUUCAGCUUCUCCAAUCCCAUUGAGGACGACGCAGAACUCCCUAAAAGUUUUUCUCUGCGGGAGCUCCAAGACGCGAUGCAAAAUUUCAGCCGCCACAAUAUCCUAGGCAUGGGUGUAUUCAGCACGGUUUACCGGGGAUGCUUGGCCAAUGGUUCUCAAGUGGCAGUCAAAAGGGCCUGGAAUCUCGCGCAGGGGACUGAAAAGCAGUUCAAAACAGAGAUGGAAGUGUCAAGCUUGAUUUAUAUGCAUCCGAAUGUGCUACGCCUGAGGGGCUUUUGCAGGACCAAGAUAGAGCUUUUAUUGGUCUAUCCCCUGAUGGUCAGUAACAGCCUAGCAUUUCUCCUUAGAGAGAGCCCGGAGCGAGAGAUUCAUCCACUUGAUUGGCCGACUCGGAUGCAAAUAGCAUUGGGAGCGGCUAGAGGGGUUGCUCACCUGCACCAUCGUUGUAAGGUUAAGAUCAUUCACCGCGACAUCUGCGCAUCGAACAUAUUGUUGAAUGCUCAAUUCAAUGCCGUGGUGGCGGAUUUCGGCUUGGCCAAGAUCAUACAUCAGAGAGAUGUCAAGGAAGGGACCAUCGAGUGGUCAACUUCAGUGCGUGAAGUGGGAGUCUCAUUCUCACCCCAAGAAAAUGCACCAGGUUCUGAUUCUGGUUUCGAUUCCAAUUCUCAAUCUGUUCCAGCUGUUGUAACCUAUCACCGCUGCAAAGAUUUCUACGUUAACACCGCCGUCCGCAGUACCGUUGCUGUCAUUGCUCCUGAGUACUCAAGCACUGGAAAGUGCACGCUCAAAAGUGAUGUUUUUGCAUAUGGGAACAUGCUUCUCGAGCUAAUCUCCGGACAACGACUUUUCGACCUGGAUCGGCUUUAG